AUGCAGAAAGAAUCAAGAGAAGCAGUUAAUGGUGAAGCUACCCCAGCCCAAAAAAAUGGAGAAAACUCUUUAGAAAACGAUCUAGUCCCGGUGGUGCUUAUUCAAAACACUGAGUUUCUUGCGGAACUUUCUGCCCAUAUAGAGAAAAGUACCCAAAACUUAGAAAACACGUCUAAUAGUAGCUACAAAACAAACAACGAAGAAAAAAACAACAACGAAAACAAUCACGUGUCAGAUACAGAUCACGUGAUUAAAAGUUUACAAAACAAAAUCACGAAAGAAAGUUCAACUGAAACUCUCAUGAAUACAGAUGAAGAAACUGGUUUUUCUCAAGAGGAUACUCAAAUUACAGAAUCUGAAUCAAACUCUUCUCUGGAGCAAACAUCAAUCGUAGAAGAAAACCUUUUAGAAAACAGUAUGGAGGCUGAAGAUGAGCUACUAACUACAAAGGCAGAUAUACAAGCUCUUGCAAUAAUGGAUCAAAACACAGAGCAAGCUGAGACAAACCCUAUGGAUAACAUAUCUGUAGUACAAAAAAUCCCAGAAGAGAUAGCCUUUACAUUA